AGAACGCGCACCCUCCGACAGCUACACACUGGAGACUUGACAAAAUGGUCCCCCUGCGACUGGCGUGGACUCUCCUGGUGGCGUCAUCUUGGACGUUUGGGUCAAGCCAGUUCCUGCUGCACGAGCCCGUCAAAGUCCUUUACCCCGCCGUCCUCAGCAGUGAGACCAUAGAGUGCGACUGUCGUAACAUCUCCUGUGACAUCGUCUUGUGGUUCUACACGGACCCCGUCAACGCCAAAGUGCGCUACAUAGGAAGGUGCAACAACGCCGAGCGCACCGUCUUCGGGGAUGAUAAAGACAACGAGCGCUUUAAGCUCACCAAGCGGGGCAGCUCGACCUUUGUGCUGCGCAUCACGAAGGUGACGAGAAAGGACGCGGGGAUUUAUUCCUGUGUCGUACGAGACACCAGAAGCCAGGCAGAGAUGUAUAACCCUGGGACGUCUCUGCGGCCGGGAGAGACCCCUCCAACACCACCGCCACCCAAAACGAUGUCACCUAGACCCCGGUUCUGUCCCUGCCCCUCGAAGAUUCAUCCUCAGGGUGGCUGUCACUCCCUGGUUCUGUGGCCCCUCGUCGGGCUCGUUGCAGGCCUGGCUGCAGGUCUUCUCUGCUCGUUGUAUUACUUCAGCCGACUGCCCAAAAAAUGUCACCACCACUUUGUGAAGUAA